CACACCGAAAAAAGGAAAAACGGAGAGUAAAAUUACUACAGUCAUGGACUUGCGCUCAGAACUGCUCAAGUCCAUUUGGUAUGCUUUCACUGCUCUAGAUGUGGAGAAGAGUGGAAAGGUUUCCAAGUCUCAACUCAAGGUCUUAUCUCAUAAUCUUUAUACAGUUCUGGGCAUCCCUCAUGACCCAGCAGCUCUUGAGGAGCACUUUAGAGAUGAUGAUGAUGGUCCAGUUUCCAGCCAAGGAUACAUGCCCUAUCUCAACAAAUACAUCCUGGACAAGGUGGUGGAAGGAAUGUUUGUUAAAGAAAAUGUGGAUGAGCUGUGUUGGACUCUUACGGCUAAGAAGAACUAUCGACCACAAGGGAAGAGUAUUCUGCCUGAGAAAGAUGCCUUCCGCCUCUGGUGCCUCUUUAUAUUUCUUUCGGAGGACAGAUACCCUCUGGUCAUGAUCCCUGAUGAGGUUGAAUAUUUACUAAAGAAAUUUUGCAUGGCGAUGAGCGUCGAGCUGAACCUUGUAGAACUGGAGGACUUCAUUUCCCAAGAUUCUGUUCAAAAGAAUGGCUUCACUGUAUGGGCCUUUCUGGAGAUGAUGAAUUUGGGGAAACUUACAAGAGGCAUUGCCAAAGAAACCCUCAGCAUGGCAAUUGAGGAGGUGUAUAGGGAAAUAGUGGGUGAUGUGCUGAAAGAGGGAUAUCUGUGGAAGAAAGGUCAGUUGAGGAGAAACUGGACAGAGCGUUGGUUCACCCUGAGACCCAGUACUUUAGUUUACUUCACCAGUGAGGAACGGAAGGACCGCAAAGGCAACAUACAACUAGACGGAAACUGUUGUGUAGAGGUUCUUCCUGACAGAGAUGGGAAGAGGUGCAUGUUUUGCAUAAAGACACUUACCAAAACCUAUGAACUCAGCGCCUCCGACACCAAACAGAGACAGGAGUGGACUACAGCUAUUCAAACGGCAAUCCGGCUGCAUGUGGAGGGUAAAAAUUCUCUUCAUAAAGAUCUAAAACUGAAACGACGUGAGCAACGUGAACAGAGAGAGAAGAGACGGGAGGCGAAGGAGCAGGAGCUGCAGCGCUUGCGGGCUCUACAGGAGGAACGGGAACGGAAGAUGGCCGAGCUGGAGCUCCUGAAGGAGGCGCAGAGGCAGGCGCAGGCACUGCUAGAGCAAGAUGAACUGCGCAGACGCCAGCAGCACGAACAACUCCAGCAAGCCCUGGAGAUCCAGCUCAAAGAGGCUGAAGAGGCGCGGGCGAGCAUGCAAGCAGAGAUGGCACUGAAGGAAGCUGAGGCUGAAAGACAGAGAACACGAAUCAGAGAACUAGAGGCCAUGCAGCAGCGGCUAGAAGAGGCUCUGCAACAGGAAAUCAAAGCCAGGCAGGACGAAGAGGCCUUCCGCUAUGCACAAGCUCGGCUACUUGCUGAGGAAGAGGAGAAGAUGAAGGCCCUGAUGUCUCUCCGUGAAGAGCAGGAAGAGGAUAUUCAACGAGCCCAGCGAGAGAAACAGGAGCUCAGACAGGAAAUGGAAAGUAAGUCUCGUGCUCUGGAGGAAGCACAGAUACAACUGGAGGAGAUCAGGGCCAAUCGGCAUAGAGUGGACCAGGAUGUCGUGGCUGCCCAAAGGAAGCUUCGUCAGGCUAGCACCAAUGUUAAACACUGGAACGUUCAAAUGAACAGAUUAAUGCAUCCAAUUGGACCAGGAGAUAAAAGGUCCUCUGGAGGUGGAUCUUUUUCCAGCUUUCGUAUCCCUACACAGAAGGAUCCUGGACUGCGUCUAAAGCAGAAAGGCGAUGACCAAAAUGAAGAAAGCAAAGAAAACAUGGAGAGCAGAGGAGGCUGCGAAGCUGACAAGCGACUCUCACAAACUUCCAACGGAGACAUGGAAAUACCUUGAUGACCUCAAAGGACAAAUAAAGCUGUCUUUGUUAAAUGGACUAAGACUAAUUGAGAACAAAUGGAUAGAUGCCAAGAAAUGUCCUCAUGCAGUUAAACAAAUGAUACUUUUUGCAUUUUAAUGUAUAUUUACUAGUGCCAUGUAGUGAUCAAGUCAUUGUUUUAAUAUCAUUUGAAACAGUCAUGUUUUUGUACACUUCCCCACACCUUUGAUGAAGUAUUGUUCUGUAGUUAGUAAAUAAGCCAACUGACUUUUAAGUUGCUCAAAAACCUGUUUUGUAGGCUAGGAUGUACACUGAAUAAAACUGGUAAACGGUAAGAUAUUUCCCUGUGGUGAAAGUUGAAAAUAUACAGACUGUAUACAUACAUCCAUACAUUUACGUAUAUGUGAGACUACAGUUUGCAACAGUUAAGGCAUGUAAACUUGUGAGGC